UUUCUCCAAGACAGCUCCUUCAUUCUGUUGCCAACCAAAUUGAAAAAACGAAUCUCUAACUUUGGUUAUCUAAUAUGUAUUGGGUGUUUUUCAGACGCUUUUUCAGCUGCAGUGGGGUCAUUUAUCUUUAUUGGCAUUGAUAACACUCAAUGCCAAAUACAAUACAUUUAUUAUGAUUUAAGAUACACCUCAUUCGAUCCCAUCUAUCAGGCACAAGAUGGUACAGUUGGACCUCUAAUGUAAAUUGUAUAGAUGUUUCAUCUCUAUGGACCUAUUUUUACAAUAGAGAUCCGACAUCCCUCAUAGUGAGGUCAGAUUUCUACCUUCCUAUCUUCUAUUUAUCUUCUUAUCUGUUUCCUUUUCAACCUAAAAUUCAAAUAAAAAACUACUAAUUUUAAUAUUUGCUUAUAAUAUUCCCCAAGGUAUUAAAAAUAUAUUUUCUUCACAACUUGCUUAUAAAUUGAGCAAGUUAACCAAAUUUUGAUAAUAUUUUUUGAAUUAUUUUAUAUUUUAUUGAAACGUGUUACUUUCCUUUGUUGAUUUCCCCAAUGUAUUAUUUCACACCAAAUUGUUGUUUUUUGUUAAAAUUAUUUUUUAAAAUAAGUAUAGAACUUUAUAUUUAAUACAUAUUUUUUAAACUUGUUUUUUUGUGAUUAUCCAGAUUAGGGUUAUUGGAUAGUUGGAAAUCUUCGGGGGUACUUUUCUGUUUUGCCACACCCCACCCAUAUAUUCGCAGGAUACAUUUUCUAUUUUCCUUAAUUCGUACACAAAGGUUAGUCUUCUUUCUUCCUCAAGUUCACUCAAUUUUCCCUUUGGCAUGUUCAAUGAGAGACACCAACAAACAAAAGAUUAAUUUUUCUUUCCAAUGUCAUCAAAAUUGAAAUCAACAUCUGGGAAAAUCGAGUGAGCACGGAAGAUUGAGUCCACAGGGAAAAUUAAGUGAAAUUGAGGAGGAAGAAAACUGACCUUUCUGUACGAAUUAAGGAAAAAUAGAAAAUAUAUCCUGCGAAUAUAUGGGUGGGGUGUGGCAAAACAGAAAAGUACCUCUUCGGGUAAAUGGAUACGGAUAUCUGAACCAAAAAUUUCAGGAUACCCGGCCUUUUUUCGGAUACAGUAAUCAAAGGAUACCGACCUUCUGGCUCUAACUUCUAAUAGAAUCAGAUCAUACUAACAGAUACACCUCAAUUUAGGAUACCAUUGUUUGUUUGACCAUUGGAUAGGAAGAGGCUGAUUAAAUGCUACGCUAUCUUUUACUGUCCAAAGUCCGACUAAAACAUCUUAAAGAAGUGUAAAAUGGAGGUUUAUUACGUUGUUUUCUUUGUCAUUCAGCUCAUUAUUUAUUCAUAAACUAAGGCAUAAUAUGCACUUUCCACACUCAAUCCAUGCUGUCAGGAAGAAUUUUUUUCACACGCGCAAUAAUACUUUUAAAAAUAUUAAAAAUGUCGAUUUUUCUUGAAAAAUACAUAAUUUUAACAAAAAUUUCUCUCAAAAAUUUCGUUUUUUUGGCAUAAUGCCAAAUUUCUCUAACACAACGCCCCUCUAUACCUUCCCUUAUAGACCAUCAAGAAAUCCCUUAAGGUGGUCGCAAUUCGUUCAAAUUAUGUCAGCCUAGUUUGACUAAGCUGAAUUCUGCCUCUAAUACUCAGCUGGCUUCUGCUAAGCACGGUUCCAAGGGGCGGCGUGUUAGUGAGAUUCAACUACAUAAUUUAAAAAAUGAUAAAAAUUUUAUUUUUUGGCAAAUGCUUCAAUGAUUCAAAGUGAAGACAACAGAAUAAAAAAAUUAUCUAAAAUAUACUAUAAUCAUAAUAAUUGUUCGUCACAUCCUUCUUCAACAAAUACAAAUGCGUUGGAUAAGAGAAAAAUCCAAUUAAAUAAAGAGAACAAAUCUGAAGAUGAGAGUGAAUGCUCUGAUCCGUGGAGGAAACCUAAAAAAAUAUCACCUUAUAAGGAUCUGAGAUGGAAGCGAAUCCAAAGAAAUUUUGCUAGAAACUCUUCAAAACGUUUUUACUGCCCUCACACUCGUCUAAAAAUUUUUCUUUUAAUUUUGUUAAGUGCCAUCAAUGCUUUUUGCCUUAGGCAUUUUGGAGCAAAUGCUACCUUAAUGAGUAAUGAACAUUCAUCCCAAAACGGUAACGACGAGCAAAAUAUUCAGUGGGAAGAGAAUUCGCAGUAUAACAAUGAACAUCCUCCAAAAAAUGGCAUAAAUACUAGCUACAUUUCACAGAUCCUUGAUAGAUUAACAGACGGAUCCAUUUACGAUAAGAGGUUAAGACCUCGUUACAGUGAAGGAGCUGUUGAUGUUGGUAUCUCAAUACACAUAACAUCAAUCAGUGCGGUGUCGGAAGUUGAUAUGGACUUUACUUUGGAUUUUUAUUUGAGACAGACUUGGUAUGAUAAUAGACUAGCUUUUGCCCAAAUUGAUCCAGAAUUGGCUAGAAGAAUAAAGAAGUUGACUGUGGGUGUUGAAUAUUUGGAUAGAUUGUGGAAGCCUGAUACUUUUUUUCCAAAUGAGAAAACAUCAAUGUUCCACGUUGCUACAACUCCAAAUACAUUUUUAAGAAUCGAACCUGAUGGAAGGAUUUAUACAUCUCAAAGAAUGACAGUAAAAGCAAUGUGUCCAAUGGACUUGGCAUUGUUCCCAAUGGAUUCACAAACAUGUAAACUUGGCUUGGAAAGCUAUGGUUAUGAUGUUGAUGAUAUUGAUUAUUAUUGGGGCAACCGACGUUCCGAUGGAAAGAAGUCAGAAGAUGCAGUUGAUUUUGACGCCUUUUUCCUCCCCCAAUUUCACGCAAAAGGCUAUCGGGUAACUGGAACACACGUUACAACAGCUUCUGGAGAAUAUGCCCGUCUUUAUAUUGAAGUUGUUUUGUCGAGAAAUUUGGGCUUCUAUUUAAUGAAUAUUAUUAUACCUUCAAUGCUUAUCGUAUCCAUAUCAUGGGUAUCUUUCUGGUUGAGCAGAGAAGCAUCUCCUGCACGUGUUGGUUUGGGUGUAACAACGGUACUCACAAUGACAACACUAAUCACAACAACAAAUAAUUCGAUGCCCAAAGUUAGCUAUAUCAAAGGAUUGGAUGUCUUCCUAAACUUUUGUUUCGUUAUGGUUUUUGCGUCAUUAGUUGAAUAUGCUAUUGUUAGUUAUUGGAAUAAACGACAGUGUAGGAGAAGGUAA